CCGGCAAUGCAGGCGACGAGUUCGUAAAUACAAGACUCAUCAUCCCCGCAUCCAACGCCUGCUGCACUAUCCACGCCGACAUGCCAAAAUGAUUCGAGUGCUUGACGGACACGAACCCGAUGCCGUAUUCGCGCGCCAUCUCAAUCGCCCGCGCCAUCCCCAUGUGCGCCGCCACGAACCCGAACCCAUUCUGUCCGUCUAUUUGCGCGACAACGGGCGUGAUCUGGUUCAGGGCUGGCUGGGCCUUGGCGUCCAGCACGCCCUGCCGGAUCCGUUCCAUGUAUGAGGGGAUCCGGUUUAUGCCGUGGGUGUCUACGCCUCGGAGGUCGGCUUGCACCAGGCAUUUGCUGAUUAUUGUGGCGUUUUCGAGCGGCACGCCGUUUGCUGUGAGGACUUUUGUGGUGAAGGAUUCUGCGUCCCCCGCGGCGAUGUGUUUCUUUUCUUGUUGGGGGUCCAUAUUGUUAUGGGCUUUUGUCUUCUUAAAUACAAUGGAGUUGAUUGUAGUGAGUUUUGAUUGAGG